GAAUAAUAGGCAAAGAAUAAAUGUGAAAGCCCUGGCCCCCUCCUUCUCUUGAACCCUCGAAUGGAUCCUUCCUGCUCUUUAUCCUAGCUGUGAGGAGGAGGCAGAGCCACAGUCAGUGCUGGUCACAGCUGAGUACACUACAGUCCCCAGCCUGAAACAGAGAAAUAAGAGCUUUAAAUCUUCAAGAAGACGCUUCAAACCCCUCCACAGCUCACCUCAGUUCACUAAUCAGAGCUGUCAGGAGCUGAUUUGACUCUCAGAGAGACGAAGAAGAGAGAUAAGUCAGACAGAGGAGGGCGUGACAGGGAGCCAGCCGAGCAGGCAAGCUGCUGCUGCAAGGGGAGGAAGAGCAGGCAAUGCACCAGCCAAAGCCAGAGGUCAAGAAAAAAAGCGAAAGAAUAGUUAAAAGGUAGACUCUGGGUAAAGGAGGUCAUUUGUGAUCUGAGCCAGAAAACAGAAUCCAGCCUCUCUUUGUUGUUGCAACUGAGCGAGGAGGAGGAUGUGAAGGAGAGCAGCUGAGAGGAAGGGAGGCCACAGCAAGAAAGACAAGAAAAUGCUCUCAGAGAUGAUGUGCAGCAAGAGCUGCCAGCAGAGGCAGCAGCAGCAGCAGCAGGACGGAAAAGGAGGUCCACAGAGGGACCCCUACAGCCGCAGGAGGCACAGCUGGUCCAAGAGCUGCAGGGGGCGUCUGCAGCAGGGGCGGAGGACAGGAGGGGGUGGGUGGCCGAGAGGGCGCAAUCACCACCAGCAACAGCACCCUCAACGUCAUCAUCCUUUUCAUAAUCAGCCACGACAGCAACACGGGCAGGUGACGUCCCUCCGGCCCGUUAACGUCAAAGGAAACAGAGCCAGAGGGAUGAGGGCCCCGGAGAACACCAACCAGUUUCUGAUGCACGAAAAGUAUCAGAUGCUGCACCUGCGCUCUGACUCUGUGGGCAGCGACAGUGGCAGCAGCUCGGACAGCGACGUGGAGCUCACAGACAUGGACUCAUACCUGGGCGUCCUGGAGAAUGCCAGAGGAGCCCUUUUGGACAGUCCCAACCCACACAGCUCAACGGCACCACCAGGGCAGAUCGUGGUACUGCACGAGGACACUGUGCGUCUGCGUGAAGACAGUCUGCGUCUGCAAGAGGACAGCAUGCCGUAUUUCCCCUCUGAAGAUGACCUGAUCCAGAGCCAGAACUUCAUGCAGAGGGACUUUGUUGAGUUCUGUGACAUCCUGACGUCCUGAAGGGAAACUUUCAGGGAGCCAUUUUGUUGUCAGCAGUGUGAACCUCAAACCUCAGACUGAACGGGGUCAGGUUUGUUCUGCUUCAUGUUCACAGACUUUCAAUCUCCUUGUUUCAAGUCAUUCAGCCUUUAAGUCUUAAGAAUCUACUCACAGGGUGAGAGGAUUCCACUAGGUCUCUGCUGACAGUAUUUUGUAAGAAAUUUUUCAAACACAUUUCUGUUUCAUGAGUUCUUGUGCAGCGAUCUUCCUCUCUUUGUCACUUCUGAUGACACUGGCACUGAUGUUCUGAAAGAGGAACUGUCUCAUCCUGUUUGUGUUUUUUAAGGUUGAAGAUAAAUCUGAAUGUGAGUAAAUGACUUUAUUACAACAGAUGUUUUUUACAUAACGUUCGCUCUAUGUUUGGUCAUGUACAGUGUGUCUGGAUGCUGUAAAGUGCUGCCUUUCUGUUGUUAUUGUUGCACACAAAGAGAGAUUGGCUGGGUGGUGGGAGUGAGCCCGGACAGCCAAUCAGCAUCGAGCAGGCUGUGUUAGGCUGCAGAUGAUUGGCCGAUACAGACUGUCAUAAAGAUGAAAAGCCCUUAAAUGUACAGAAUAAAGAAGAUAAAACUCUGAAAUAAAUAUCUGAUUGUUGUAA